AUGCAGGGCCCGGGGCCAUCCGCAGCAGCAGCCGGCAGCAGCCAGCAGAGCAGAACUGGCGUGCCGCCCGCCGCAGCCGGCGGCGGAGGGGGCCCGCCGGAGGCGGAGCAGCACCUGGCCUCGCUCCGGCUGCACGGCGGCGGAGAGCCGCCGGGCCCCUCCGCCGACGGCGGCGGGCCCGCCGGCAGCGGCGAUGCGGGGCACAGCGGCAGCGGCUGCGGCGGCGGCGGCGGCGGCGCGACCACCAGCGGCGGCGGCGGCGGCGUGUCUCAGAGCCGCGCGUCCUCCGCGAUCCGCGUGAAGAAGUUCCACCGGAUCCUGUCAGACCAGGUGGUGGACCUGGACGCGCUGCGGGAGCUGGCCUGGAGCGGCAUACCGGGGGAGCUGCGGCCGCUGUGCUGGCGGCUGUUGCUCGGCUACCUGCCGCCGAACAAGUAG